GCCCGACCGACGCGCCUCGGGGCACGACAGGGAGGAACUGCGCACGAGGACGCGGAUGGUGGAGCAGGCGGAGAAGGACGAGCGUAGAAAAAAACGUCCUGUCUGACUGGGGGGCAGAUCAAUCCGCGAUUCCACAGGGGAGUGGCGAGAGACAGCGAAGCAACAUUAGAUACCAAGGCGGCGCCGACGACAGCGGGAGGACAGCCCGCGCCACUCGCCCCAAACAGUCUCCACUUCGUCUCGCAGUAAGCAGGCGCACGUGAGUCUCGAAUACAGGUGGCUCCUGAUCCCAACGCACUCCGAGAAAAACUCCACGGACCUGGCAUCAGCAGCUGUCGUACCUCCAGUCGAGCGAAGGGGAUGGGGGCCAGCAGGGCCACGCUUAGAGGACGCCGAAUGAACGCGGAGGGGAACGACAUCAUAUUCCCCCAAGAUUGCCGGAAUACCUUUGCAACGGCAUCCGAAAUCAACUGAGUAUUCUGCACAGCCAGCGUACCAAACAAAAUGGUAAAUUGUUGAAGAACUUCCACAUGGAUGGCAACCUGAUCCGUCACGUCAGGAGCCAGAGUCCCAUGUGCAGACCCGGAGCGCAGUUGUACCACAUCGGCAUGUACCUCAACCGCGAGGCGUUCGAGACGGGAGACUCCUACCUCGGCAAGCGACUCCGUGACAACCGCGAGGGCGUCUACGAGCGUGCCUGCGCGGAUCGAGGUCAUGGAAUCGCAAACCUAAUCCCGCGAGCGUUGACAAUCUGCCGGCAGUCGAUCCAAAGGCGGUCCAAUGGCUUCGAUCUAAACUUCAAGAGGGCAGCACCCGACGGAGCUCGUAACUUCGCAAUCUCCGAAUAAACAUAAUUGCGAGCCGCGGCCAUGUUCCUCGUGAGGGAGUCAGUGGGCUUCGCGGUGUGACAGCGAAACAAUCCACACAUAAUCAAACUUCGUGUUCAGCAUGGCGAGCGAGGGAACCUCCACAAUGUAUAGCCAAAGAUCGGACGUCUGCUUCUAACCCAAUUGGCGAUGAUCGUCGGCACGGGAGGCCGCCGCAAUAUCCUUACCAUGAAGAUCAUCCACGCGUUGUUGCACGUCACGCUGAAGAGGGUGCACCUUGUCGGCAAGGAGAGUACUCGAAAUCAUCGAUCUUGUCGGCGAUCUCCACCGAACAAUUGUCCAGGCGCUGAUCGAGACCACGAUCCACGAGCAUUGUGGAAACAAUGAUUUCUAAGUCGCUGAGCUUUGUAAAUUGGCGCUCGGACUUCUGCUCAACAGCCUGCGCGACCAAGUAGCCAUUGCUCGCCUCGCGACAAGAAUCAUAACAUUCGCCCAGACACACAGACCACCUGUCAGCAAUCGACCACAGUUGAUCGAUCUGGUGCUGAAGCCGGCAGGGCCCCAACAGAAGCAGUGCCGGCACCAAACGGGUCAGAGCCAAGAUGGCCCAUAGGGAUAGCACAGGGGAAGCCAGAUUCGGGAAUGCCCUCUUCACCCGGGACAAACUCGGGAGCAUCACCGCGCAGACCACGCGUUCCCCCAAGACGGCGGCGAAGCCGAAGGCAAAACACUGGCGCUCCACGCUCGCCCCGCUGCCGUCGGGGAGCAGGCAAUGAUGACGCGCAGCAGCCGCAGCACGAAAGGAGCGCCGAUCACGCUGGGAAACCCGCCGCCCCCCGAUGCACGUGCCCUUCUCCAGCCGCCUGACACUGGUCGCGAGGCAGUUGUACUUCAUUGUGCGGCACAUCGGCUGGCCACGUAGCCCACCAGCGAAGAGAAGACAUGCCGACGCGCGCGGGCCCCAGGAAGGAUGGCUAGAG